GAGCAAUAAUUUGCGCAAUUAUUGGACUGAUGUCUUCAUUUAUACAAACAAAUCCCUAAUUAUGAAAUUUACGGGUUUUGAUGAAGAUAUGGAAUUAGAUUUAUGAAAAAAAGGAAAAAAGAAAAAAUUAAUGUAGAUAAUGGUAAUAACCAUGAAAUUCAACAUGUGGUUCAUGAGCAAUGGCAUAUGUCGAUUGAUUUAGUAAAUCAUCUAAUGUGCACUAGGCCCAUGGUGUAAAUAACUUGAAUACUUCCCGUGCCAAUUUCUCCCCGCCCGAUAACUAACACACAGACAAUGUCCAUCCAUUUUUGAGGUAUAAGUUUGUACUAACAAAGCUAAAAGGAACCCAUGUUUUCUUGCAGUCUGCUAAAAACAUUUGCUUUGCCAUGGCAUUGUCUUCCACCAUGAUUUUCAGAGUGAAACGGUGUGAGCCCGAACUGGUGGUGCCGGAAAAACCUACACCUCCUGGAAUAAAGAAACUCUCCAUCAUAGAUGAUCAAGAAGGUUUUAGGUUUAAUUUUCCUGUGAUGUUUUUCUAUAAAAGGAGUCCUUCGAUGAGAGGGCAAGAUCCAGUUGGAGUCAUUCGAGGAGGAGUUGCUAAAGCUCUGGUCUAUUACUUUCCUUUAGCUGGUAGGAUUGUGGAAGGAGCAGAGAGAAGACUUAUGGUUAAUUGCAGCGGGGAAGGAGUGUUAUUUGUAGAGGCUGAUGCAAAUGUCAUGAUUGAGCAGCUUGGUGACAGCGUAUUGCCGCCAUGUCCAUUGAAAGAGGAACUUCUUCACGAUGUACCUGGUUCUGAAGGGAUCAUUGGCUGCCCUCUUUUGCUGAUUCAGGUAACCCGAUUCAUCUGUGGUGGAUUUUCCUUGGGAAUCAGAAUUAACCACACAAUGGCAGACGGCUAUGGGAUAAUGCAAUUUCUAAAUGCUAUUACCGAAUUUGUUAAAGGUGCUUCUGCACCAUCUAUUCCACCAAUAUGGGAAAGAGAACAAUAUUUUAUUGCAAGAUCACCCCCAAGAAUUACAUGCACACACAAUGAGUAUGAAGAAAUACCAUACGCCAAAUCUUCCACAAACGUUGUUGAUUCAGAAAACUUGGUUCGAACAGCGAUUUUCUUUGGUCCUAAGGAGAUACAGGUCCUUCGUAAUCAUCUGAUGGAAAAAUUUCGUGGGUGUUGAAGAUUCGAUCUCAUCACGGCAUGCUUGUGGAAAUGCCGCACAAUUGCACUUAAUCCACCCAAUCCAGACGAGAAAGUUCGUCUUUCAGUCACGAUGACUGCGCGUGGCAUAUCAGGCCUACGUUUACCAGCCGGAUACUACGGAAAUGCAUUUACUUUUCCAGCGGCUGUAUCCACCGCCAGAAUCCUAUGCACCAGUCCAUUAUCAUAUGCAAUUCAUUUGAUUCAAAAUGCAAAGGCUCAAAUGACUGAGGAGUACGUUAAAUCAGUUUCAGAUCUUAUGGUGAUCAAGAAACGACCAAAAUAUAUAGCUAGCCGGAAUUUGAUUGUUCCGAACUUUACACUGCAAGGUUUUGAUAAGGUUGAUUUUGGGUGGGGCAAUCCAAUUUACGGUGGGAUUCCUUUCGCCACUUCAGAUUUUGGCGUUUACACGAAUUUCAAGAACAGUAAGGGAGAAUAUGGAGUUGUAAUAUCCUUAUUCUUGCCACCUUUGGCUUUGGAAAAAUUCAAAAAUGAGGUUAAGAAGAUGACUGGUGAGUCAGUAAUUCAAAAAAUAUUAUCUUCUUACUGAAUAUGCAAGGAGAGUUCAUUAGUGUCCUAAGAAUGUUUCUCCUUUACCUCAAAAGAGAAUCCGUUUGGAUCUAAAAGUGUAUUGUAUUGAAUUUCAGUUUCUCUAUUUGUUUCAA